AUGGCAGAGACCUUCGCCCACGCUUUACAGCUUGCGGUACGGCAGAUAGCCGCAGACACUGCAACAUCAAGCCAAUCUUCUGAGCCUGAAGCCGUUGCCCAAUGCAGUACUGGCAAUGAGUUCGACGGGAGGUUGGGCCUCAGGAUAUCAGCGAUCUUCGUUAUCUUGAUCGGCUCAACGCUCGGUGCAUGGUUCCCGGUCUAUGCUCGCCGGCAUGUUGGACUCGGAGUGCCUGAGUGGGCUUUCUUCACUGUAAAGUACUUCGGUUCCGGAAUCAUCCUUGCAACGGCGUUCAUACACCUCCUCGCUCCUGCUCACGAGGCUCUGAGCGACGAAUGUCUGACCGGACCGAUUACGGAAUACCCAUGGGUCGAAGGCAUCUCUCUGAUGACCAUCUUCGUUCUCUUCUUCCUCGAGCUCAUGACGAUGCGGUACGGCCAUUUUGGCGGCGGCCACGACGACGUGGAACGAGCGAGAGUUGGCAGCAAUAGCAACAGCCCCAGUCACAGCCACAUCCACAGUGCUGGUCACAACCACGGGCCUAGCAGCUCAUCCGAUCUCGAGAUGUCUGGCGGAAAGAAGAACUACAGCUCGCCCGACCGCACACCCAGCACCAGCCACGCACCAGGCGAGGACCACCUCGGCCAUGCCCGCGAGCACACCGACAACGAGGACAUCCGCCCUGACUGGGAAGAGACGGGCCUCGUCCCCGAAACGUUCGUCGCGCAGAUGACGGCCAUCUUCAUCCUCGAGUUCGGCGUCAUCUUCCACUCCGUCUUCAUCGGCCUCACUCUCGCCGUUGCGGGCGAGGAGUUCAUCACGCUGUACAUCGUCCUGGUCUUCCAUCAAACCUUCGAAGGCCUCGGCCUUGGUUCACGAUUGAGCGCCGUCCCCUGGCCAAAAUCGAAGAAGUGGACGCCGUAUCUGCUGGCGGGUGCUUACGGCAUCUCGACGCCCAUCGCGAUCGCGGUCGGGUUGGGAGUUAGGACAUCCUAUCCGCCAGGCUCGGCGACGACAUUGAUCGUGAACGGCGUGUUUGAUUCGAUCAGCGCCGGCAUCUUGAUCUACACGGGGUUGGUGGAGUUGAUGGCGCAUGAGUUUAUGUUUAGCUCGUACAUGAACAAGGCACCGAUUAGGACGGUGCUGGGCGCUUUCGGGUGGAUGUGUCUUGGAGCUGGGCUGAUGGCUCUACUUGGAAGAUGGGCCUGA